AUGGCCGACGAGGAUCUUCCGCCCGAGCGCGUUCAAACCGGCCUCCCUCAAGACCCGGCCGACUUUGAUGCUGACCCUCGCGUAUCGUGGUCACGGCUCGACAACAAAUUCAUCCUCGAAACCGAAGAGGGCAAUGAGUUCGAAUGGGACACUGCUCUGAAAAGAUGGAUUCCAGUGCUGGACCAGACACUGUUGGAUCAACAAGGCCAAAUCUACAGGGUCCCAGGAGUCGACGAUGAUGCUACCACGACUGCGCAGCAAAAGAAGAAGCGGAAACAACCGAAUGGCGAUGAGGUACGUUCACCACAAUAUGCACCGGAGCAAGCGUUGAGAGUGCACCAGUCCGGCAGCAAACCGAAGAAAGCUCGAGUCAAUACCGCCGUCUACGUCACCUCCCUUCCGCUCGAUGCAGACGAUGAAGAAAUCCACCAUGUCUUCUCCAAGUGCGGUGUCAUCGCUGAAGAGAUCGACUCGGGAAAGCCACGGAUAAAGAUGUAUGAGGACGACAAGGGUCAGUUCAAGGGUGAUGCGCUCGUUGUGUAUUUUCGCCCAGAAUCUGUCGAUCUGGCUGUCCAGAUGCUCGACGACACAGACUUCCGGCUGGGUGAACAAGGCCCGGCUGGCAAGAUGAGGGUGCAGGCGGCGGACUUCUCGUAUAAGAGUCAACAGGAUGCGCCAGCCAAGACGAGCAACAAGGACAAGAAAAAGAUAAUCAAGCGAACGGCCAAGAUGAAUGCCAAAUUGACCGAUUGGGACGACGAUGACCCUCAGACACUGAACGAGACGAGCUCCAAAUGGGAUAAAGUCGUCAUCCUGAAGCAUAUGUUCACUCUGCAAGAGCUGGAGGAGGACCCAUCAGCAAUGCUCGAGAUCAAAGAGGACAUCCGAGAUGAAUGCGCAAAGCUCGGCGAAGUUACAAACGUCGUGCUCUUCGACAAGGAAGACGAGGGUGUUGCGAGCGUGCGGUUCUCGAAUGCCGAAGCCGCUGCUUCCUGUGUGCGCCUCAUGAAUGGACGGUGGUUCGACGAGAAACAGCUGGAAGCAUAUAUAGCAACAGGGAAUGAGAAAUUCAAGAAAUCGGGCGACAAGAAAGCGGGAUAUGUUGACGACGAAGACGAUGAGGAAGGAGGCCGGCUGGACGCGUUCGGCUCUUGGCUUGAAGAAGAAAGAUGA